AUGACACGCCACAAAAUCCAGCCACUCCCCUCUGAAGUGGUUGCAAAAAUCAAAUCAUCCACAUCAAUUACCCACCUGAAUGGGGUUAUCGCAGAGCUGGUGAAGAAUUCGCUGGAUGCAAACGCCCAGAGCAUAUUUGUCACUGUCGACUACCGAAGGGGCGGUUGCGUGGUUGAAGAUGACGGCGAUGGGAUUUUGCCUGCAGAAUUUGCGCCCGAUGGAGGGCUGGGAAAGAUCCAUCAUACCUCCAAAUUGCUAUCGCAAUCACCUGUGCAUGGCCGAAGGGGCUCUUUCCUGGCAUCGUUGUCUGCGCUCGCGCUGCUGACAAUCACGUCACAUCAUCUCCACAAUGUCAGCACCAAUACGGUCAUCUUUCAUCAUUCGACACCGGUUGCUCGCCUCUUGCCUGCUCCAAGCCAUCAUGGGCUCAGAGCUAGCGAACACGGAACCCGUGUCACCGUCAAUGAUCUUUUUGGAAACAUGCCGGUCCGCGUCAAAAACCGCGCCCUAACUCUGCAGAAGCCAGACGGAUUGGACCGCCAGUGGGAUGACCUGAAACAUUUAUUAAUCUCGCUAUUGAUCACCCAUGAUGACGUUCUGAAGCUGGUUAUAUCAGAUGCCGAUAAAGAACGCAAGUUGACGAUUCGUCCUCAUGGACAAGGAGCACAAGCCAACGGGGACCUAAAUCUCACCCGUCUCAGCUCCGUUCUUUCGCAGGCAGGCCUGGUUGAUACUCAGAGUCCCAGCCAAUGGCACGCCGUAUCGGCAGUUGCGCUAGGUCUUACUGUUCAUGCCGGGCUAUCGCUCGUUCCAAGUCCGUCGAAGAAGGUUCAGUUUAUUUCUCUGGGAAUUGACCCAGUUUUUGCGCAAAACCAAACAAACGUACUGUACAGCGAGGUCAACCGGCUGUUUGCCAUGUCGGACUUUGGAACCACCGGCGGUACAUCGCCGUUUACAAACGAAGCGACAGACCUGGAUGGCCGCCGCGGCAAGUCCAUGCAAGUGAACAAGUGGCCGAUGUUCUAUAUCCGCAUCAAUUCAGGGCCAAUAGCCAACGAUCCUGACCUUCCAGAGUCGGACAAGUCGCUACAAAGGAUUUUGGAUGUUGUUUCUCUUAUGAUCAACGAAUUCUUGAAGGAGCAUAACAUGCGUCCGCGGGGUGGAAAGAGAAAGCGCCAGGAUUCGGUCCAAGAUACAGAGAGUCCAUCGCCCGGCAAACCACGCCAAAGAGCCGCGAACGGCGAGUUUUCUGGAAACCAGAUACGAUUUCCGUCGUUUUCUCGAUCAACCGUUGGCACACAUUUUGGGAGCUGGUCUCGAGUUAAGAGUGGGAAGAGUCGCGCUGCGGGUCUCAAGGUCCAGGGCGUAACGGCUGAGCCGGUCAAGAAUACAGUUGCGCAGAGUACAGACACGAGGGAGGCGACUUCUGAUAGUGUAUCUGAAUUUGCAUCGGAAAGGGCCAAUACCGAAAGUCGUACCGAGGAGGUCAAAGGGGACGCAAUAAUUCCAUGGAUUGACCCGCACACGGGCGUCAGCCAUUGGGUUAACUCAAGGACUGGCCAGUCUGUCAAUGUCCGACCCUCCGCGGCUUCUGCACUCGCAAACCGUCCCAGGUCUAAUGGGUCUUUGAUCCGACGAUUGGAUAGCACGAAACUGCCUGCAACGGCUGUACCGCAGCAGAACACUUGGUUGGAGAAUCUUUUGGAUGAUUGGAAGAAUCCUGUUUUUGGUCGGGCUGAAAAGCCCAUCAACGUGGUCGAUACUGAGACUGAUGACACUAGCCAGAAGCUAUGUGGGUUGGAUAAUUUUGGCGUAUCCAGGUAUCGUGGCAAGCUGCGAAAGGACGACCUGGCAGCCGCUAGAGUGAUUGGACAAGUGGAUCAAAAGUUCAUCCUGGUAGAUAUGUCUGCUGCUGCAACAGAGCCAACCAUGGUUCUCAUUGACCAGCAUGCAGCAGAUGAGCGGUGCCGGGUGGAAUCUCUGUUUGAAGAGUUCUUCGACCCAAACGACAUACGGACCAUCCAGGUGGACCCUGUCAUUUUUGACAUAGCAAAUACUGAGAUUCUCCUGUUCAGGAAGCAGCAGGAGCUCUUCAGAUUUUGGGGUAUUGAGUAUGCCGUUGAGCAAGGGACACGGAGCAGCAAGGCAUCUGUGACGGUUUCGAAACUACCCGCCAUGAUAGCAGAGCGCUGCCGGACAGAGCCGGAGCUGAUUGUCAACAUCAUUCGCGGCGAGAUCUGGAAACGCGUGGAAAACGGGAGCUCGCGGCCAUCAUCACCGGCCGUGGGCAGGGCUGAGCGUAAAGGUUGGAUGGCACGACUGGCCAGCUGCCCUACUGGGAUUCUGGAUCUGCUCAACUCGCGUGCAUGUCGAACGGCGAUCAUGUUCAACGACGUCUUGAGUCUGGAUGAGUGUCGGAACCUGGUCAGACGGCUGGCUACCUGCGUGUUUCCUUUUCAAUGCGCGCAUGGCCGGCCGUCGAUGGUGCCACUGGUUGAUUUGCGGGGGACCGACGCGGGUGAUGCUGAAGAAUGGGAUGUUGGAUUCGCCGAUGCCUUUAAACGGUGGCAAUCCAAGUAA